UAAGAAACAAAUAAACAACAUUUAUAAUAAAGAUAUGAUACCAAGUAAAUCAGUAAUUGAAAAAAAUUAUACCCAAAGAUUUACAACUAAUCAAUCAAUAGAAAAAAUUAAAAUUUUCGAUUCAAUGAUGAUUCAUAGCAGAGCCCUAGAAUUAAAAAACCAUGACCUCAAAUCUGAAACUGAAAAUUGGCGAAACCUCUGUGAGACAUGCAACACUAUAGAGAAUUCACAUAUUCCUGUAUGCGUUUGGUCUCAAGAUGAUAAUAAUAUUUAUUUAAACUUGAAUAUUAUUAAAAUAGAUAAUUUCAGAGUCAAUUGUACAAUGCAAAGUAUAAUGUUCAAUGCUCAAUACAAAGAUGUAUCGUAUACUUUUUGUGCUAUGCUAUAUGGUUUUAUUAGACCUAAAAUAACACAUUCAAUAAGUGUAGAAGGAGUCUGUAUUAAAGCCAGGAAAUUGUAUAGAGGAAGUAAUAAAAUUAUUUUGUUUAAAGUCAAAUUCAGCAUUGAAAUUUACCAACCGAAGAUAUUAUUUAUUUUAAUCAUAUACUUUAACAAAAUUUACUAAACAUAUUCUAGAAAA